CAUGGCUAGGAGCGGGAGGGAUCGAUUCCUGCGCUGCCGCCGCCGCCGGCGGCCGCAGGUGGUCCACGGUGAUGACCGGAUUAGCGCCCUAUCCGACGAUCUCCUGCUCGACAUCCUGGGCCGCCUUGACACCCGCACGGUUCUCGGCACCGGGAUGCUCUCCAAGCGCUGGGCCGGCCUCCCCCGCGAGCUCCCCGUCCUCGACUUCAGCGUCGGGGACAUACUCCCGCCGCGCUACCACCGAUGGGUCCUCCUUCAUCGGGACCCCGAGGUAGCCGGUUUCCACCACAAAUCCGGCGCGGCAAAGGUGCAGAAGGCCAUGCGUCACAUCAGGAGGUACGAGCGGCGCGCCAUGCGCGCCUUGACCAGCUCCGUGGAGCGCCUCUCGGACGCGGCGGCUGGCCGGAGGGUCAGCAGGCUGACGCUCGAGUUCUUCUCGACCCACAACACCGGCUGCAUCAACCGGCUCAUCUCCAGGGCCAUCGAUGCUUGGGAGGUCCGUGACGUCGUGGCCGUCGCUAAGCCGGUCUACUCGCAACGCCGAAAGUUCCACGCCUUCCCCAGCCAGGGCAUCUGCGACGCCCCGCACGCGUCACGCGUGCGAAGCCUCAAACUCGGAGGCUGCGCGCUCCCGCCGCUGCGCGGGCACGGCGCGCUCGCCGUGCUCGUCCUGCAGGACACGCCGAUUUCGACGCCCGUGUCGGCGUACGAGGGCAUCUUCACCUCGUGCCCGCAGCUGCAGGUGCUCCACCUCAUCUCCUGCUGCAGCGCCGGCAUUGGGCAGAUCACCGUGGACGCCCCCGGGUCAGACCUGAGGGAGCUCGUCGUCGACAACUGCGUCGGGUUCAUAGGGAUAGGCCUGCGGGCUCUUCCCAGGCUCGAGCGGCUGGCCUCCCUGGGCACCAGAGUGAGCUUCGAGACCGCCUCGUUUCCCUGCCUCAGGCGAUGCAACCUCGCCCUGUGCAGGGGCAUCACGGAGGCAACGGCUCGCCGAUACUCUGUGCCACGCACGAAGCUGGAGCUUGGCUCGUUUGUGGGGUGCAUCCCGGACGUCACGGACAUGAUCAUUCGGUUCACUGGACCUGACAGACGGAUCGUGCCGUCCGUUUCUUCGCCGGCGCUGCUACCAAAUCUCCGGCGGCUGCUGGUCGCCGACGUGCCUCGGUGCUGGGACGUCUCGUGGCCGCGUCUCCUCCUUGAGACGGCGCCUUCCCUCGAGACCCUCCAUGUCCACAUUGCCCCGCCUUGCAAAGAGGAAGAGGAGCCCAGCGGCGAUGAGAUAUCGUGGCAGCCCGCCAUGCUCGGGCACCGGCACCUCAAAGAGUUUGUGAUGGCUGGUUUUGAGGGGACGGAGAGGCAGGUUUACCUCGUCAGGUUUGUCAUGGGAGUGUGCAGCACGGCGUUGCGCCAUGUCGCCAUGCUCAAGAAGGGGCAUGUCCGGGACAAGGGGCACUGGGACUGGGAGAUGGUGACGCAGCAGCAGCAGAACUCGCAGUGGACCGACGAUGAGAAGGACAAGACGCUUAAGCAGAUCAUGAGCGGGGUUCCUUCUUCCUCAACCGCUUCUCCAGUUAUAGUUUUUGGCUGAUUUGCUGUAAUCUUUGUCCAUCCAUAACGUGAAAGUGCGAGCAUUUGCGAGUUAAA